AAAAUCUCUGUCAGCAACUAGAAUACCCUUUUCUUGAAAAAUAUCUGCUUGGCUGGACUGUGUAAAACCUGCCUCACAGAACAAAGCAUUGGCUUUGCAGAACUCAGUGCUCCCCCACCUCCCCAAAAAACAGCCAUUCCUGCUGCAAGGAAGAGACUUCUGUAAGAAAAAACAACUUUGACUUCAUUGGAGAUGGAAAUGCAAGACUCAGCUGGCCCAGGAACCAUCUUGGUGAGGAGCAGUGAGGGAUUCUGGAAAAAGACUGUGGAGAAAAUGCAAGAGCAGGAAGACAUGCUCAGUUUGGAUAGCCAGCAAUAUCAGUACCAGGAGGCCAAGUGGCCCCGCGAAGUCUGCAACCUAGUCCACAGUCUUUGCUAUCAGUGGCUCAAACCAGAACAACACACCAAAAAACAGAUGCUGGAUCUGGUGAUCCUGGAGCAGUUCCUGACUGUUCUCCCUCCAGAGAUGGAGAGCUGGGUCAGAAAAUGUGGGCCAGCAACCAGUUUGCAGGCGGUGACCCUAGCAGAAGGCUUCCUCCUCAGCCAGGAAGAGGAAAAGAAGCAGGAAGUGCAGCAGGUUCAGGGGCAUUUAGCAGAAGGGACAGCCAAUGUCUCUGAGGCAGAGAAGGCUCCAUCAGACACCAGACAGAAACCACUGUCCAGGGGGCGCUCUCAGGAGGAUGGCACAGAUGUCACUUUGCUGGAUCAUGGAAUAGCAAUGGUGAUUUGUCCUAACUCUUCUACCCUGGGUAGUAGUAGAGAAGAGGCCUCUAUACAACCCAAUCAGAGUGCUGUGUCUUUUGAGGAGGUGGCUGUGCAUUUUACUGCGGAGCAACGGGCUCCACUGGAUGGAGAGCAAAGAGCCCUGCACAGAGAAAUCAUGGAGCAGACGCGUCAGAAUGUGGCCUCUCUGGCCAGUGAUGAGUGGAAUAGCAAGAAUAAGGGAGAACCUUCCAGAUCAUUAGUGGAAAGACUGAGAUGUAAAAAGGAGGGACAACAGAGAAAGGAAACUGAAGUAAAACAGGAAAAGAAGAAUGAAUCCACUGCUCUUCAUGCUUGUGACCACCAGGAAACCCCAUUCCAAGAAAAAAGAAUGGACAAAAUAAAUGAACGGAGGGAACACCUCUCAAUUGGGAGAAGCUUCGGUUGUAAAUCAAACCUUAAUAGGAAAGUCAGGAUAGGGGAGAAGCCAUUUAAGUGCUUCGAUUGCGGAAAGAGCUUCAUUCUGGACUCGACUCUUAUUAUGCAUCAAAGAAUUCACAGAAGAGAGAAACCAUUUGAAUGUUUGGAGUGUGGGAAGAGCUUCAGUAAGCCCUCAGGUCUUAAGAGACAUGAAAAAGUUCACACAGCAGGAAAAUAAUUUAAAUGCUUGGUUUGUGGGAAGAGCUACACUUGGAGUGUACAUCUUAGAGACUUCACACAGGCGAGAAACCAUUUAAAUGUCCAGAGUGUGGGAAGAGCUUCCGUUGGGACUCAACUCUUACAAGACAUUAAAAAAUGCACAAAAAUCCCCCUGG